AUGUCCAAAGACGCUCCGGACGUACAAAAGGGCGAGAUCUCAUCUCUGACGCGAGAUGUCGUGGACAGCAUAUGCGCAGCUCAGGUCGUGACCAGUUUGAGCCAAUGCGUCAAAGAGCUUCUGGAGAAUUCGUUGGAUGCAGGCGCUAGAAAUAUUACUGUCACCCUCGUUAACAACGGCGUUGACAUGAUAGCGGUAUCGGAUGAUGGUUGUGGUGUAUCGGAGGAGAAUUGGUCUACGCUUUGCAGUUGGCACGCUACAAGCAAAGUCGACAUUGUGGAGAGCCGGACAGAUGAGCUCCGAUUGGGUCACAGCGAUUUUGGUUUCCGAGGGGAGGCUCUAGCAGCGAUGUGUGGUCUGAGCAAUGGGGGAGUCACCGUCCUCACACGCACGGAAGACUCGAAAGCUGAGACUGGCAAGGUGCUCGUGUAUGAUAAAACCGGUCGUCUUUCGAGCAGUGAUGGGGAGGCCGCACGGGGCGUUGGUACUACUGUCACCAUACGGGGGCUGUUCAGAGGUCUCCCAGUAAGGCUCAGGGAGUUCGAGAGGAAUGCCAAGAAGCAAGUCACGGCGACCGUAGGGCUCAUGCAGGCGUAUGCUGUUAUACGGCACGAUGUAGCUUUCCGAUUGACAUGUGAUGGUCGUUCACUACUGGCUACUAAUCCUGAAGAUGACAUGGAAACAGCAAUACGGAAGGUUUCGAGCCCUGGAAACGUCGGUCGGAAGCUGAUGAAGAUAUCGAGCUCGCAGGAAGAUUCUGGCAACGAGGAGUUUGACGAGGGCACUAAUGCGACAUUUCAUGUGAAGCUUGGGAAGGAGGAUUUCGAGGCCAUGCGGGUUAUUGGGCAGUUCAACAAGGGUUUCAUUAUAACGGCUCUCGAAGGCCGAUGGCUGUUCAUCUUAGAUCAACAUGCCUGUGAUGAGAAGACUAUCUUCGAGACGCUCAACAAAACGUCCGAGUUGAAGUCGCAGCCAAUGAUUGUUCCAGUGAGGCUUAGCCUGCCGCCUCCUCUUGAAUCCUGUAUUCGCGGAUCACGACGAGAGAUCGAGGCUUGUGGGUUCCGGUUCAAUUUCGACGACGACGCCCCUAUUGGUUCUCGAGUUCAACUGACUUCUCUUGGCGUAGCAUCGGGACUGGGGUUUGAGAGGAUCCCGUCCGCAUCGCUCUUCUGGUCAUCCGCCCUGGGCCACUGCCUACGGCCUCCCCGAGUGUGGUCCAUGCUUGCCUCUCGAGCAUGUAGGACUGCCAUAAUGAUAGGGGACUCGCUGAGUCGGAAGAAGAUGGAGGGAGUUGUUCGAAAAAUGGCAGCUCUCAACCAACCAUGGAAUUGUCCGCAUGGUCGACCCACCAUGCGUUUGCUUGCAACUCUUUCUGCCCAUGGCAGAGGGAUUGAUCCUGUAAUUGAAGAAUAUGCAGCCGAAUCAUUCGAUAAUUUACUCCAACGUUUGUAA